UUUUCGGAGUGUUUUAUUUUCUCACUUUACCUAAAUCAUAGAUCACGUGGAAAGAGAAGGAUUAAUGUUCUUUCGCUGCAGAGGGGAGGGGGGUGACUAAACCCCGUGGUCAAAAGCUUUAUGGCCGACCUUUAUGCUCAGACAAAAUCUGUUUCGUCAGCUCUCCGGAUAACGAGAGGCAGAACAGCGUGGGGUUCGCGGGAAGACCUUUCUGCUGCCUCACCCGCGUCGUGAUAGCUCGAGAAACAAUUGAUGGGUAAAAUGCAAUAGCGUCCACUCUGACUAAAAACACUAGUGUCCGUUUUGGUUCCUCCCGCAUUUGGGGAGGACAAAAGAGAUUUCCCGCUUUGUUCCACAAGGCCCCCUAUUUCAUACACACUUUUUUCAUUUUGGUGGAGAAGAUAUGGGGGGCAUGAGAAGAUGUCAAUCGAGAACAUAUGUAAGAAUUACAAUUGAUAAGUGACCUUUGGUGGCCUCUGAAGCUUAAGGCAGGACUGAAGGAGAGUAAAGAGGUCCUUCCUUCAUAAGGAGUCAAGCGCUGUCACCUUCUAAAAGCCGAUAAAUUAGCACACGAAGAGACUUUUUUAUGUAGUCAACACAUCCUGUGGUUUCAGUGUUACCUUCCGGGGAUUCGUGCUCGUGCAAGUUGUUCAUAUGUAAGAUACCGAACAUCGUUCACGCUUCUUCGCAGUACUGUAUCAGAGAUUUGGCCCGUUUGGAAGUGAAAUAUGAGACGACGAGCCGCCUCUUUAAAAGAGAGAGAGGUAGAAGAGUUGUGAUUGAGGGUUGCUGAGAAUGGCCCGGACCAAGCAAACCGCCCGUAAAUCCACCGGUGGCAAAGCCCCCCGUAAGCAGUUGGCCACUAAAGCUGCCCGGAAGAGCGCUCCUGCUACUGGGGGAGUGAAGAAACCCCAUCGCUAUCGACCCGGCACCGUGGCCCUGCGAGAGAUCCGCCGCUACCAGAAAUCUACCGAACUGCUCAUCCGGAAACUGCCCUUCCAGCGCCUGGUGCGUGAAAUCGCCCAGGACUUCAAGACCGACUUGCGCUUCCAGAGCUCGGCCGUUAUGGCCCUGCAGGAGGCCAGCGAAGCCUACUUGGUGGGGCUCUUUGAGGACACCAACCUGUGUGCUAUUCACGCCAAGAGAGUCACCAUCAUGCCCAAAGACAUCCAGUUAGCUCGGCGUAUCCGAGGCGAGAGAGCUUAAAAGUUUACACCCACCACCUUUUGGCAACUAGGAAACCAUUACGAAAGAUCCAAAGGCUCUUUUAAGAGCCACCACAUUCACAUUCAAAAGAAGCUGCAACACACAGUCAUAAAAUUGUGUAUCAAUAUCCUUUGAAAUCUUACGAUUCUAACUGUAUUGCCUGUAAUGAGAAAAUGUCACUUUAAAUUUCAAAUUACUAAUCAAAUGUAAAUUGAG